UUCAAAUUUUUAAUUUGACUGUUAAUUAUCCUAUUCUAGUAAACAGAGAACAAUUUCGAUUCGAAGCUCUCAUUUGUACAGUUGACUUGGGUUUUAUAAUGAUUUUAAGUAUAGGAGGAAUUGCGUAUGGUCUACUGUUAGCCGCUUUAUUUGUACUUAUCCUCCAGAAAGAAUUUGAAGAACUUAAUUACGAAAUGUCUACGAUAAGAAGAAGCGACAGAAAUUUGAAAAUGAAAUUACAAAAUUCGAUGAUUCGUCACCAAGAAUUGUGGAUUUACAUGAAUCAGUUGAACACAAAAUUCGAAUUGGCUUUCGUACUUGCUUAUUUCGGAAUAAUUUGGGGCACGAGCUUUUUGUAUUACGCAUACUUGUAUAUCGAUAUGCCUUGGAUUUUUAGAAUUUGGGUGUUGGCACUGAUGAUUGUUUUUUCAUUCAUCUGCAUUAUCUGUGGCUGUUUGCUAUGCUGCAUCGCAUUUACGAUGCAGAAUGGAUUUCAAGACGUUCGUCAAUUUGCAAUCUGCCAUUUGGAACUGGAAAGAAAGCUUAAAAUAUUGAAUUUCAUGAAAAGAUUCGGAAAAGUGUCUUUGUGUCUGACGAUAGGAGGUUUCUUUUGUGUCAACAAGAGGAUUCCUCAGAAGAAAUCAAUUUAUAUUGUAAAAAUGCUUUCACAAAUCGAAACUACGCGCAAUGCAAGGAUGAAGACUACUGCUGUAACGCUAAAGGUUUACAUACGACACGUUUUUCAUCGAUACCUGAAGAAAAUUUACCAUUGACACAUUGAAAAAUUGCUUACUUCUUUAACUGUUAUCGUUAUUAAAAAGUUUGAUUAAAUUUCAUGCUGCUGCUCACCAGUCGAACACUUUUCUAGAAUUAAUUUUUGUUUGCAGUUUAUAGAAAGAUUUCUUGUAAUAGGCCAAUAAUUUUCAUAACACAAUGUUUCGUUUUCAACAUUGAAUUUUCUUAUGGAGCGAUUUUUCUCAUUUUGCGAUUUGUUCUAUGUUUGCAGUUUUCAUAUUAAAACUAUUCAUAAAUACGGAGC